ACAUCCCUUGUAGUUCACUCUUCUAUCGCUUGCUGCACAGCAUCCAGCAUCUCUAGCUCGCGGCGUCAUGGAUGCAAGACAUAGCUGGCUCUCCGUUCUACCGCUGCUCUUGCUGAGCUCGUGCAGCCUCUACGCCCACUCCCACGGCUGCACUGCACCAGAGUUCGUGAAGGGACCAGAGAAUGUAGAGGUCAACGAUGGAGAGAGCGUCAGUUUCUUCUGCGUCCUCACCGAGCAACCUAUCGACGAAUGGUUCAUCAACGAAUCUUAUCCUUUCAGCACUAAUCAUCCUGACGACAGCUAUGUCUCGUGGAGCGACUGCACUUCUGGGCUGUGUGGAGGGACCCUGUUCAUAAAGGAAGUUGAUAUGAGUUUCAAUGGUAGCACCAUAGCAUGUCAUGUGGCCCACAACUGUGAGGGCCAGAACGUGUCAAUGAGCCAGCCUGCUCUGAUUAUCGUGAGGGAACUGAGUCGUGUUGAAUCUGCAGAGGCACCAUCCACUCUCCCACCUUCCCCGAGCUCAUCGUUACUCUCCCCAUCUCCCUCUCUGUCUCCCCCCUCUUCACCUCCACCCAGCAGAAAGCCUCCGAUCAAUAUCGACGACAAAUCGUCAGAGACUGACAAGACCACAGUGCGGGUGACGGAGAGACUGGUGCAGCGAGUCCCGCUGAUGGCUGCUGCAGCCGGCGUCUGUUUUGUGGUGGGCUGUGUGUUUGGAACAAUGUGUGCAGUCACCAUUUCCCGAGGGACCAGUCGAUGUCGCCGCAAACGCAAGCACAAGAGAAGGAGGAGGUCAGACAUUCAGAUAUCCUUGCCGGUUCAGCCUGAGCCUGAGCCAAACUACGCUGAACUCACUCCCGUUCGCACGACUCCUGCAUCCAGCAGUGCCUCAAGAACAUUGAGUGACAACAGCUCCGGAGCUCCUACCAGCAGAAAUACUAACAGCACUGGGAUUGCAGUAAACAACAACACCAGAAGUGCAGCAAACAACAUCAGGAUAACAACAAACAACAAUAACACAACAAGUGCAGCAAGCAGCAACACCACAAGUGGAGUAAACGACAGCACUACAAGUGGUCCCAGUCUAAGUGGACAGGAGGAGAGAAGAGAGAAUGAAUACACUGAGCUUGGUAUGCCCGCCACUCCCCAGUUCCAAAGACCAUCCCGGGCCAGUGCAAGAGCAGCCAGUUCAUCUGGAGCUAGUUCCAGAGACAGUGGAGCUGCCUACUGCGAAGACCUGUCAGGUCCACCCCUGCCUCCCAGAGGGGACCUCCAGGAGCAGUGUCACACCUGCAUCGAGGUGGACCUGGAUGAGCUGGAGAGAGCAGUCCUCCAGCAAAAAUAGACCUACUUUCUCACAAGACCGUCUGUCUAGACAGGAACUCUUACCUUUCACCAUUCAACUGACAUUUACUCCACUUCACCUCCACAAUUGACCAGAUAUUUACUCACUAAACCUCAGGAUAUGAGCUCCGAAACAGCUCUAAUCCCACAACCUGUUUGAUAUCAUGUGCGGCUUCUGGCCAGGAGAUUCCUAACACACACACGCUAAUUGGGCACUCU